AUGGACGCGGAAUACUUGAAUAUACCCGUUAAAGAAGUGCAAGUGCCUAGAACAACGAGCGAAAACAAAGUAUAUGUGGCAAUGAAGCAGAUGCACCAGCCGCUGCUGAAGCAGAUUGCCCAUCCCAUUCAAGAAAACAAACAGAUAAAAGCGCUUUCAGACAACAUUUUUAUGUACAGCAUGGGGAGCGAGAUAGAAAAGCAUUUAAGCAUGCUUCAGGAGGGGAACUGCAGCAUAGACACGAUAGACAUUAGACGUGCAGGAGAAAACGCGCUUGUGCGCGCCCGCACCAUGCUUGAAUAUGUAUCCGGUGCAGGAAAAUGCUUUCACAGCAGAGAAAAAAGACGCGCAUACUUUUCCAUGCUAAACAGAUUCCACUUUGGAAAGAUUCUCUCGAAUAUAUACACACAGAGAUAUAUCAUGAGAGACCUCGAGGUUGCGCUUUUCUCACUGUUUGGAGACGACCAGGAUUUUGCAAACAGCAGCAACCCCACCCAGCUGUUCAUGCGCACAGCACUCGGCUGCCCAAAGAUUUUGAAGGCAAUCCAAACGUUGAAAGUGCAUGGAGGCCGGCUGUCUUGCUACAACUCCGAGAACGGCGCCGCGGUAUCAAACAUGCAUAAUCUACACUUGUCAAAUGAAGACCUUGCAAAUUUGCGUUUAUUUAAUCUGCUGAAGGGAAUUUCGCUCUUUGAGCUCCACUUUUCGUGCAUGGUUUGGGUGGAGUUCAAUCUGCCUUCCCAGGAGGCCGUGGUGCGCUCUUACGCGGAACUUUUUUUUUCAUUCAUAAAUCAACACCCUAGCGAGUUUGGUGGAGAUUAUAGCGAGCUAAGAACUUUCCACAAAAGCAGCAGAGUUCAGAUAUGGAUGCCUCCAGAGGAUUCAUUUUCUAAAGAUGUAUUCGAGUGCUUGGCCAUUUCCCCAUUAAUGACAGAUCCCGAAUUUGUUAGCAAGCUCAUAAAUAGCAUGCACAUAUAUAGAAGCGCAGUUAUCUCUUCAAUAGAGGCACUCCACGCUGAGCUAGACCCCUCUCCCUCUGCAAUGUCCGUGGCAUCAUCUGUUUUCCAGGAAAUUGAUCCGCUGAGCGCACUGUACGUAGACAUAUGUACCUUUAUAGGGGUUUUUGGCAUGCUGUUUUCGCUGUGUGCGCUUGUUUUUGCUGCAGCUAUCGUUGCGAAUGCAAAUAUGCACGAUUCGCUUCCAGUUUGGGCGCAUAAGCACGUUUAA